AAUAGUCGAUCCUUUAGUGUCUCUUUAAGCAAUUGUACUUCAUUAGAGGGGAGGGGCAAGCCUUCAAAACUCUUCUAGUUCUAGUCCAAAGAAGAAUUAUCCUCUGAAAACACUACAUAAUCCCUUACAUGAAUACCCCAAUUUUGUCUAAGCCAAUUUCUUGUGCUUUGAAUUGAAAUCAAGUUGUCUAAACUUGGGUAGCCACCCCAAGAGUCCUCCCAAAAAAGGCACGUGGAACCAGCAUGGACAUCCCAAGAAAUGAAAUCUGCAACUAGAUUCCUAUUCUUAAUUAUGAAAUUCCAAAUCCUGGAUCCCUUUGGCCGAUUGCCAACUCUCAUAAAGUUUCUUGAUUCUUCAUCUGCAAUAUAAUUAGCAUGCAUUAGCCUAGCUCAUCUUGUUGGAUCUUUAAUCAUUUUCCAUACAAGUUUUGCUCCUAGAGCUUGGUUUUGAUAUUGCUAGUUGCAGAUACCCAAUCCACCUAAUAACUUCGGACUGUAGAUUUUAUCCCAGGCAAUUAAGGUUGUUCUAUGCUUCUCUUCCACGUUUUGUUAGAAGAAGUUUCUCAUUUUUUUGAUAAUGAAAGCAUUCAUUCUUGUUGUUAGUGCCAUAUAUGACAAUAGGUAGAUAGGUAGAGUUGAUAUAACCACAUGUAACAUAACCAACCUGCCUACCCAAGAGAGCCAUUUGCCUUUCCAAGAGUUGGUGCUUGUCUCCAAUUUUGAUUUUAAGGGAUCCCAUAAUUUCAAGUUUCUUAGGCCUCUAUCUAUUGGAAUGCCCAAAUAAAUGCAUGGAAGAGUACCCUUCUUGUAGCUGAAAAUACCCGAAAUUCUUCUCUCCACUUGUUGAGGGGUUGAGAUAAAAAUAUUUUUGAUUUCUCCGUAUUAACAAUCUGGCCCGAGACUUUACCAUAAGAGGUAAGGAGAUUUAGAAAAUGCUUUGCUUCUUUAGCUUCAACUACACCUAGAAGAAGAUUAUCAUCAAUAAAGUUCAAAUUAAUUUUAAGACCACCUAUUAGACUGUUGUUACACAAUUCCUUAAUAGCUCUUCCAAAUGGUUCUGCCAUAAUAAUAAAGAGAAAAGGAGACAUUGAUUGGGUCCCUUUGUCUAAUACUCUUGGAGGAUGAGAAGUAGCCUUUAGGUUUUCCAUUAAUGAAAACUGAGAGCUUAGGGGUUGAAAUGCAUUCAAAAACCCAAUUUAUCGAUCAAUAAUUGAAUACAAAGGCUUGCAUUAUCUUGCAGAGAAAACACCAAUUUGCAUUGUCAUAUGCCUUUGAGAUAUCCAACUUGGUGAUCAUCCCUGCUUUGUUUGUAUUCAAAAGGGUACAUAUAGCCUCUUGAGCAACAAUAACGCCAUCUAAAAUUGAUCUCCUCGGGACAAACCCAGUUUGCUCUUAAGAUAUAAUACUGUCCAUUAUUGGCUUUUGUCUAUUAGUUAAUACAUUUGAAAUAAUUUUAUAAAUGGAGUUGCAUAAGGAGAUAGGUCUGAAGUCCCCCAGUUUUGUUGCCUUCUCUUUCUUUGGGAUGAGAGCUAUAAAGGUGUUAUUGACUUCCUUUAGAAGAUUACUAGAUUUUCUAAAGGAUUCUAAGGCUUCCACUAAAUCCGGCCUUAAAACAUGCCAACAUUUUUUAUAAAACCCAGUGGGAAAACCAUUCGAGCCAAGUGCUUUGUUUGGAGGAAGUUGAUUGAGAGUCGAAGAGACUUCCUCUAAAGAGAUCCUCUCAAGUACCGUAUGUUUUGUUCAUGAGUGAUAACUUUAGGGAUGACUGCAAGAAACUGGUUUUGCUCCCUUAGGUCCGAACCAGUCUCAUUAUUUAAUAGAUUGUUAUAGAGGCGAAUAAUUUCAUUCCUAAUGGCCCGAGGAUCUUCAAUGAAUUGAUGCUCUUGAACCUCCAAUUUGGAAAUUUUGUUUAUGCUUCUUCUUUGCUUGGUGACAUUAUGGAAGAAUUUUGUGGUUUUUGUCCCCAACCUGCAACCAACCCUCUCUAGAUUUUUGUUUCCAAAAUAUUUCUUCUUUCGUGAGGAUGUCUUCAUAUUCUGCUAAUAACUCCCUUUCCUUGAUGUAUUCAUCUUGGGACAUUCCAUCCUUAAUUACUUUCUCAUUUAGCUCCUCGAGUUGGGAUUCUAAGGAUCUUUUAGACUUAAAAUUGUUCUUAAAGUAUGAAGCAAUCCAGUCAAGUAACUUCCUCUUAAUGUAUUUCAAUUUUGAGACAAAACAGUACAACUUUGGGCCUUCAAAGCAACCUUCAUUCCACCAUUGCUUUAUAAGGGGAAGAAAAUUUGAAUCUUCCAUCCACAUACUCUCAAAUCUGAAAGGAGGCUUUGAUGUAUUGCAAUCACCCUGAGGGCUAAGAAUAAGUGGAUAGUGAUAUGAUCCAGAACAUGGUAAAACUUUGCACUCCAAAGAAAAAGGGAAAGAGGAAAAAUCCCCCAUCCAAAAAAACCUAUCUAUUUUUUUAGCAAUAUUAUUGAAUCCUAGUCUCCUAUUAUUCUAGGUAUAAGUGUUAUCCCCUGGUUCCACCUCAAGAAGACUACACUUGAAUCCUAGUCUCCUAUUAUGCAGAGGAUAUGGCCCUCACCAACGAACUGCUCAAUAUGUUCUACCCUCUCUAUCAGACACAGGUGCGUUUAAUUCUGUUUAUGACAUGUUAUCAAUUAAGUGACUAAAUCUUAUAAAAAGAAAUGAAUUUUUAUUUAUAGAACAAUUUAAAGUGACAUAUAAAUAAAAUGCAUUGCAGGGUGCAACAGGUGGUGGGAGUACACCACAUGCUGUUCAGUUGACUCCACAGUCAGGAGUAGUUUCGCCACCAGAGGGCUUAUCAAUGGCUGAUAUGUCCCAACUUGAUGAUAUCACGCUUUCAACCAUUGACUUUGGCCAAGAUAGCUAUGCGUUUACCCCACCCGCCUCAAGGACAUCUCGUGUGAGAAAGCCAUCCUCUAGCACUCCGAGGCAGAAAAAGAUAUCCUCUCAGACACCCAAACGACAGAAGAAACAUAUGGGGUUUACGCAAUUAAUGAAUGCAUCUGAUGUCGAUGAGGUUUAGCAGAGGGAAGAGGAAAUGGUAAUAGCUGCAUCAGAUUCGACUAGGCCUCCUAAGGUUAUAGGAGAACUAUACGAGGCUUCGGCCCCUUCCAAACUUCCUAUUGUUAUUCUACCAUUCCAUUUCAGUAGAAGUCCUACACGUAUAUUAUGGGAUCCAACACGACCAAGGCAAAAGGAAAUGGUCGUAACUGAUUCAUCUGUGACUUUGCCUCCUACGACAACAACACAUCCAUCUGAGGCUUUGUUACAGCCUCCUUCAGGACAUCCCACGGAUCCUCAGCCUCACCGAAUUGCAGAAGACAGAGAUGAGCCACCUAGAGAGCCACAUACUGCUUCAAAGAGGCUCGAUUUUGAUGAUCCGCCACAGUCAUAGAUACCGAUAAAGACAUAUAGUUAUAGUUGUGGUCAUUGAAAGACCAAUUUUUUAUAUAUUCGACAUUUGUAUAUGUAUAUAUCGACUUUGACAGACAUGA